AUGUCAGACGAGGCGGCCGAGGCUCAAUUGAAAGCACGAUGUGGUGAUCUGAUCGUGGUACUACGUUCUUCCGUGCUUCACAACAUUGCUGAUGAUAUGAUUGUCAAGCAGAUCGAGAGCCAGGUAUCGGCCGCGCUUGUGACGUUAUUCGAGUUGGUGAAGGCUAGACCUUGGGAUGUUCUGGUGAUUCUUCUAGGUGUCUUGCUCGUGGGCAAUAUACUUCUUGUCCUCAGAAACAGGUUCUGCCAUUUGGCUUCCAUCCCAGGUCCAUGGUGGGCUGCAUACACCCGACUCUGGCUAUGCAAGACCAUUGCAUCCGGUGACUCGGCCAGGCUGUUUACAGAAGUGAACAAGAAAUAUGGUCCCAUUGCUCGUAUCGGACCGAACCAUCUCAUCACCGAUGACCCCGACGUAACCAAACGCAUUCUGGCCGCCAGAUCACAUUACACGCGUGGCCCGUGGUUCGAUGCCAUCAAGAUCGACCCCCAUGUUCCCAACAUUGUCUCUGAGCGACACACUGGCAAGCACAACCACCUUCGUCACCGCAUGUCCGCAGGUUAUACCGGCAAGGAGAUCGAGGGCACGGAAGAAAUCAUCGAUGAACGCAUCCUGGAUUUCUGCCAGAGAAUCGAACAAAAAUGGUGUUCAGAAAGUUCCGAAACCAAAACGUUCGAUAUUGGGCGAAGAAUCCAAUAUCUGGCAGUCGACAUCAUCACCCAUCUCUGCUUCGGCGCGCCGCUUGGCUUUAUGGACAAGGACUGUGAUGUACAUGACUUUUUGUACACCAUCGAAAGCCAGCUUCCUAUCGUACAACACUUUUCCGUCAUUACCGAGUUCAACACCAUCCUCGAAAGGAUCACUCGAAUACCCGUGUUCAGGAGUCUACUACUGCCGUCUGCUGCGGACCGGACGGGGGUCGGACGCAUCAUGGGCAUAUCCAAAAAGGUAGUGGACAAGCGGUUUCUACCAACCUCAAAGCCCAGAAACGACAUGCUCGGCUCGUUCCUCAGACACGGUCUGAGCGCGAAGGAAGCGGAGGCGGAAAUUUCCAUUUCACUAGUCGCAGGAUCCGACACAACAGCAACAUCAAUGCGCGCCACCCUUCUAGCAAUAAUCACCAACCCCACAGUAUACGCCAAACUACAGGCCGAGAUUGACGAGCACAUCGCGGCCAACCACAUCUCCAGCCCCAUCAAGGACCAGGAGGCUCGGAAUCUGCCCUAUCUGCAAGCCUGUAUCUUAGAAGGUCUCCGCCGGUUCCCACCCAUAACGCAGUUGCGGGAGCGCGAAGUCCCGCCCGAAGGCGACGUUAUCCACGGCCACGUCAUCCCCGGCGGAACAUUUAUCGGGUUGAAUGCCUGGGGCGUGCAAUUGAAUUCUGUUUAUGGCGAAGACGUGGAGAUGUUCCGUCCUGAACGAUGGUUUGAGGCGGAUGAAGCCCGUCUUCGGCGCAUGCAUGAAGUGCAUGAGUUGAUUUUCGGGUAUGGUAAUACUCGCUGUUUGGGGAUCCGUAUUGCGACUAUGAAUCUGAACAAGAUCUUUGUCGAGCUUCUACGUCGAUUCGACAUCUCGGUUGUGCGACCCCACCGUCCCUGGCGGAGUAUUUGCUAUGGCAUCUUUUUUCAGAAAGACUUUGAUGUCAGGAUUAUGAAGAGGCAGCCUAAGGCCAAAUGA